AUGCCAGGCUCACCUCUUCCACUAGACCCUCCUACAGCUCGUGAGCCGGCUCCUGAUGCGGCCACUCGAGCGCUUGGCCAUGACCCGAUCAUUCAUGCGCUAGCACAGCGUGCCGGGACUGACGCGGAGCUCAAGCUGGUCAUGGAGGCUGUGGCGCAAGGAACACGCAAUGAGGCUCAACUGCAAUACCUUCAGUUUCAGAUCAACCAGAUGAUACAGCAGCGAGUUAUCAAAGAGGAAAACGGUGCUGCGGGGGCGAAUCCGGAUGCUGGCGCCGCUGGGGUUGGUCCUUCCGGUCCGGUUUUUGUGGGGCGCGAGAGAUUGACAGAAUUCGCGGCCACGGGCAUGAAUCUUCACGCUCUCAUGCAAGACGUGGAGGAUCUGAAGAAAGAGACUGAUGCACUCGGGCAAGAUAUCAACAACGAUCGGGAGCGACUGGAGAAAGAGCUGUUGGACGCCGAGAUCAUUGCUACGAACCGACAGCGCAUCGUCAACUUCCUGAACGAACAGAUCAAGAAACACGAAAAGCACGUGAGGGAGCUUGAGAACAAGAUGAGAGAGCGUGAGAAGCGGGUUUGGAAGAGAGCGGCACGUUUAGACAAGAUAGAGGAGCCCCUACGCGAGAUGGCGGAGUCUCUACGAAAGAUGACGGACACGGCUGCAAUUCUUCUUGGACAAAGAAGUCGUCUAAUGGAAAGCUUCGAGGGUACCGAUCUAGAGGUAUCGGGACGAGGGAAACUGUUGCGCGUAAUGGGAGAGACGGCCGCGCUUCUUGUCGGGCAGAUUACGAACACGAGAGAGGUACUGAGCCGUAAUGGGAUCGUAGAGGAUGUGAGGAAGGAACGCAGUGGGAUCGUAGAGGAUGUGGAGGAAAGUGGGUCUUUGUCGGAUUGUGAUUUCUACGAUUGA